AUUUCGGGGCAUAUUAACGUUCUCUUAAUACACGAGUAUAUAUGAAGUAUGUGUCGUAACUUCAGUGUGCAAAAUAACAACCGAAUGCAUUUUUCAGAGGCAAACAGGACAUGCAGCAACACACUAACAUUAGUUACGGCAUCUGGGCCAGUCAACCGACUAUACUGCUAACUCAUCAUAAAUCAGUGGCUGAAAUGCGAAGUUGUUGCUAUAUUCUUUAAUAUGAAUUAGUCAAACCAUUAGCAAACAACCGUUACCUAAAUUAUAUAACAUAACUUGCCUGCGGCAAGCAAACAAUUCUUGACAAAAAAGUUGUGAGUUGACUUCGAAAAGCAGAAAGCUGAAAUGUCGUGAAAGUAGGGUGGAGACUUGCGAAUUGCGACACUUCCGGAUUAUGUUUCGUUUAAUUUGGUUUACGGCAUUGAACCCAGAAGUGUCAAGAAGACGAGUGCCGUGAUCGAAAAAAAUGGUGAAUCGAAAACAAACGUCUACCAGGAAGGGGAACUGACAGACACCGUCGAAGAUGUGAAAUUAGGCAAUAUCUGCACGCUACGACAGGUGUUAAUUUGCUAAAAUGUGAAACAAGAUAAAACAAACUUGUUUGAUUGUUUUGUGAGCUAGCCAUCUUACUUUGUGUUAAAAGGCGCGUCGACUUUUCUAACUAGCUAGCUAGCUGGCUAGCUAAACAGACGUGGAAAUACAUUUUUGCUUGUGCUGUUUAAUCACAAACAAUGGAUGAUCUUGUAUAUAAUUGUCAAUAACAUGUGGCCGACGACAAAAUAAUACUAAUUAAUUUACAUUUGAAGAUAAUUAGCGGGGUACUAACUAACUAGCUAGCCAAACUAAGAAAGACGACAGCAUUGAUGUGAAAGAUAGCUUGCUAGCCAGCUACUUGGUCAUCUUGUCUGUCCAGUUUGCUACGUAGUUACACAUUAUUAGCUAACUUUUAUGUUAGCCAGAGCGCCCGUGUAACUACAAUAAAAUGCAUACCGCACGGUAUAACUAGCUAACAGAUCUGUGAUAGGACUUCACAGUAAUACCAUAGAGGACGUAGAUUAUACUUUUCUACAGUAUAAGCCAAUACAAUGUGGCUUCAGCAAAGACUAAAGGGCCUGCCCGGUUUGCUGUCGAGCAGCUGGGCUAGAAGGGUUCUUAUCGGAUUACUUCUGUUCCUGAUUUUUUACUGGUAUCUCAGCUCCGAUGGAAUGUUUAGGUUUUUGACUGGCUCAGGGAAAUCGGGAGGAGCAGCCGGUGCUUGUUUACAAACUGAAACGGUGAGAUGGCAGCCACUUGUUGACCGAGGGGAAGGGGUUGUUUUUAGUCCCCAGAGCAAAACAGUCGCCCCUGCCGUGGUCGGUAAUGGACAUUUCUUGGUGGAUAUCGACUCCAACAAACUUUGGGUGAGUUCCUCUUCUCAGGCAGGCUCGCCCCCAGUUCAUUUGACAGAGUAUUCACCUGCUGUUACUCUGGAGAUGCAAGAGAAGCACUCUGAGGCGCAGGCUUCAGUGCUCUGGUUCCGGAAGGGUUCUGUCCUGUCCGUCCGCUGCAUCAUACCGGGAGCAAGCCAAUCUUCCCGGGACUGCGUCACUGUGAGAGAAGAGUUCUUAGCGCACCGCAGUCGGCCCAAUGUGUACAUUCAGCGCGUCCACGUCACCAAUCCCUUAGACUGGGUGGCUAUCUUCGACGUCACCUCGCCCUCUCCCUCCUUUGGAAGCAAGUUCUCGGCCAGCUUGGAGAAGACGGAUGACAAAGACUUCAUUCUCUCCUCUGGCCGAGUGGUGACUGACAAGAACCACUUCGUGUUGGUGGUGGUAGCCUCCAAAAGAAUACCCAGCCGGCUACAAGUAGCUGCAAAAUCGGAAUACACAGAGAACUUGGUGUCAGUGGUCCAGAUAUCUGAACCUGUUGAGUCCUCGAAACUUGAGGAGACCUUCACCAAGCUGAGAGAUGGGGCCAAGAAGGAGAUUGGGGAUCUACUGAGAGCCAAUAUGGAGGAUGUGAUCAAGGACCACCAGCAGGCUUGGACAGAUCUUUUCAUUUCAGGCGUCGAGAUGAGGAAGAUCACGGACUCCCACACGCCGUCCAGCCACACGGUGAACACCACGCUGUACCACGUCCUCUCCACGUCCACGGCGCCCCUGCUGUACCGGCGGGCGAAGGCGGACGAGCGCGAGCGGCUGGAGGCCAGCCUGAACUACGCGGACCACUGCUUCAGCGGCCACGCCACCAUGCACGCGGAGAACCUGUGGCCCGAGCGCGUCAGCAGCGUGGCGCAGAUCCUGCAGCUGGUCACGCUGUGGAACCUGACGCUGCAGAAGCGCGGCUGCAGGGCGCUGGUGGCGGCCGGCGCGCACGGCGUCAUGCAGGGCAUGGUGCUCAGCUUCGGCGGGCUGCAGUUCACCGAGAACCACCUGCAGUUCCAGGCCGACCCGGACGUGCUGCACAACAGCUACGCGCUGCGCGGCAUCCGCUACCACAAGGACCUGAUGAGCCUGGCGGUGCUGCUGGACGCGGAGGGCAAGCCCUUCCUGCACGUGUCCGUCAAGCCGCAGGAGAAGCCCGUCAAGCUGUACGCCUGCGAGGCGGGGUGCAUGAACGAGCCGGUGGAGCUGACCUCGGAGGUCAAGGGUCACACCUUCCCCGUGAUGGUGACUCAGCCCAUCACCGCGCUGCUGUACAUCUCCACCGACCUGACGCACCUGCAGGACCUGAGGCACACGCUGCACGUGAAGGCCAUCCUGGCCCACGAGGACCACAUGGCCAAGCAGUACCCGGGCCUGCCCUUCUUAUUCUGGUUCAGUGUGGCCUCCCUAAUCACGCUCUUCCACCUCUUUCUGUUCAAACUCAUCUACAAUGAGUACUGUGGACCGGGCGCUAAGCCCCUCUUCAGAAGCAAGGAAGUGACCGCAAUUGAGGAAGUCAGUCCCUAGAGGACAGCAAUGACAUGGAGGUCUUGAUGGGAGAGAUUCUUCACAAGUUUGUGCUAAAGUGUGUCCAAGUGCUUGUUUUCUGACUGGAUGGGGAGAGGUAGGCGAGGGGAAAGAAUGUAAUGAAAUUUGUGCAUUUUUUUUUUUUCUCCAUUUAAAAAAAAUGUUCUAUAAGCUAUGGUUAUCUUUCUCCUAGUUACCACAAUGGUUUUUAUUUUAUAAUCCUGAAAAUGUGAUGGGAUUUGCAGUGCACUGAAUAAUUAUCAUAUUUAAUUAUAAUUUUCUUCAGAUCACACUCCCGUAUUCUCACUGUGCUUGUACUGUAGUCUAUAGAAGAUUUUCACAUGAUAAAAAAUGGUGAAUUUUAAAAUUCUAAUAUUUAUCUAAUAUUUAUUUUUUGGCACAACAUACUAUCUUGCUUAGACUGACAGUUUUCAAAACCAGCCACAGAAAUGGGGCACACAGAGAACUUGAUAUAUCAGACAUACAGCACUGUGCAACAGUCUUAGGCACCAGUAUAACAUUCUGUACAGAUAAGAUUUUUUCAAAAAUAAUUCAAUGAACGGUCCUAAAUAAACACUAUACAUUUCACAUUACAUAUUAGUAAUUUGGCUGAAUAGUUACAAACUGAAUCAAAUGAAUAUUUUCUGUGACCACCCUUUAAAACUUCUCUGAGAUAGCCAACACUGUCCUGCAGUUCUAUCAGACACUUGGCAGGGAGGUUGUUCCAAGCAUGUUGGAGAACUUGCCACAGUUGUUCUGCAGACUUUGGUUGGCUCUUUGCUUCUGAUCUCAGACAGCCUUGAUCAAGUUUUUAUAUAAACAGUAGUCAAUUGCUUACAGUAAUAUGUUAGUUUUUUAAUUAAAUACAAAAAUGUCUCUGUAAAAUUAAAUCUUUUGGAAAAUAAAUAUUUGGAAAUCUGAAAUGUGUUCUUUUAUACUAACUAAACAUGUGUAUAUAUAAUAAAGUCUAGGGUGCCUAAGACUUCUGCACAGUACUGUAUGUUUUGUGCAUUUUAAACAUUUAAAGAAACUCAGUAGUUGCAACAUGAAUUUAGUACGCCUCAAAAAUGUCUUUACAUUUAAAUAGAAAACAUGAUGAAUUUGUGUCAAAUAAGACCAUUGUAUUCCCAGUAAAAUAAUAUAGGUGAAUUAUAAUUGUUUGACCUCAGAAAAAAAUCUAUUGCUUUACUCCGUGACUGUUCCAUUCUUGGGAAUGCAAGUUCUUUAUGCUUUUUCCUUUAACAUUUUUGCCUUGGCAUUUAUUUCAGGAGCAGACAGUUCAGUACAAUGUGAAUAGCUCAGACCAAAAUGGAUGUCCAAAAUUGAACUUCCUUUCGAAUGUUGCUGCAUAGAAUGACAUAUAAAACAGUGGGUGAAUAUGAGCUGAUGAAAACACAUAGCGUCUUGAAUAGGGCUGUAAAUGCUCCCGUUUGUUAAAUGUGUACUCCUGAGUUGCGAGGGCAAUAAUUUAGGGAAGGGUGAGGCUUUCCUAUCCCUUGAGGUUUCACGCCGGUGCUGCUGGGUCUAUCUGACUGAACACAUCUUGGUGCUGUGCCACAGCCUCUCACUGCUGGCAGAAUCAUCAUCCGUAUGAUUCCCAAAUAUCCAAUGUAUGAAUCUUAAAGCACAAUGGCUCGGGUCUUUGUUCAUGUAUUAUGUUUCUGUGAUUGUUAGUUUGUGGAGUAGUGCAAUUUUAGUACAUUGUUUAUGUACAUAUUGGAACGGAAAUGGUGAUCAUUUAGAGCCAGCCCCCCCCUGUUAUAUCCAUCAGGAGUUGGCCUCCCUGGUCUUGGCUUUUGCUCCUUCUGAGUUUGAGCCUGAGAUGUUGGGGCAUUACUCUGAGCCUGAGACUGCCUGGCUCUGUACCUCCAGCACACGAUGGCUUGUAUUCAUUUAGCAUAAUUGUCACCACAAUUAUGUGGUGCUGGUUAAAGGUUUGAGCAAAAACCAGCGACGCCACUGGCACUCCAGGGUCGGGGUUGGCCUUUACCUGACCUACAUCAUGCCAUUUCUGUUCCUGUAUGUAUGCAAGCGAUAUUGAAUGACUGCCACCAUGGGCAUCCUUUAAAAACUUUCUCUGAACUUUGCUUGACUUGAAAUGAAGUGUGUGCACGUAGCCAGUUAUUUGAGUGGAAGUUAAUUUUAAAGCAGGGUGGCACAACCCUGUCCCUGGAGAUCUACCGUCCUGUAGGUUUUCAUUUAAACUCUUAACGACGCACGCCUCAUUCAACCGCUAGGGCUCUCUCCAGACGCUUAUUUUUCACCUCAUAUCGCCUGUCCUGGAAAUCCAGUCCGUUGAACGCUCCUUGUAAGGGCUAGAAGCUGAAGUUAAGAGGCAAGAAAGCAUGAGCGCCUUCCUUUGCGGAAGUUUUUCUUUUUGUGAUGCUACGUAUAAAUGAUCGACCUGUGGAUCCACCUCUCCCCAUCUGCCACGCGUAUGCCACAUCUAUAACCGACAUGACUUCCAACUGACAGAUGAAGGAGCAACAAGGACGUUCCAUGCGUCUAAUUCACAUUUUCUCCAAUCCCCUCUCCACCUUUUCUUGCUUCUUGUUUUGCCUCCCUCGAUCGGUGGAGCUAGGAGCAAGGAAAGGAAUAAGGAGAUGAAAAAUAAACACUUGGAAAGAGCCACUAGAGAUGUUGUUGACAUGCUAAUUAGUAUGUGGAAUCAGAUGUGCUUUGUUGAGUUGAAAUGAAAGCCUACAGGAUGGUAGAUCUCCAGGAACAGGGUUGGGCAGCUGUGAUUUACAGAAUUUCUUGUGAAUUUUCAGAAGUUCUUCUGUUUGUGUUUUUUUAAGUGAUUUGAGUGAGUUUUGAAACUACUGACGGUGCCUUAUCAAAUGGAGAUAUUCAAACUCCAUUUAGACCUAUAUUAUAUGGGCCAAUUGUGUUUGACCAAGUGUGCGUUUUUCUUGAGAACUCUCGCUGCUGAAUGUGGGAAAUCCUCUCAAAACCGUUUAAUUACCAGUGCUGAAGAAAUUCUUGUUUUUCCUCUUCAUUUGGAAAUAAAUUUGAGGGAACCUUUUCCUCAAGGACUUGA